AUGUGGUCCGAUUCUUCUGACGAACAACUUAUACAAAGCUGUAUCGAGAUAGAAAGAGAUCAGUCCAAUGUUCAUCAAAGCCACGAACAGCGUGCAUAUUACCUUGACAAUGAAGUAAAAGACUGUGUGUUAGAACAAGAAGUAAAUGAAAUUGACGAUGCAGUAAAUGCUUUGACUGAGCCAAGCAAUGAAGAAAAAGAAUGUGUGUCAGAACAAGAAGUACAUGAAAUGGACGAUGCAGUAAAUGCUUUGACUAAGCCAAGCAAUGAAGAAAAAGACUGUGUGUCAGAACAAGAAGUACAUGAAAUGGACGAUGCAGUAAAUGCUUUGACUGAGCCAAGCAAUGAAGAAAAAGAAUGUGUGUCAGAACAAGAAGUACAUGAAAUGGACGAUGCAGUAAAUGCUUUGACUGAGCUAAGCAAUGAAGAAAAAGACUGUGUGUUAGAACAAGAAGUACAUGGAAUUGACGAUGCAGUAAAUGCUUUGACUGAGCUAAGCAAUGAAGAAAAAGAAUGUGUGUCAGAACAAGAAGUACAUGAAAUGGACGAUGCAGUAAAUGCUUUGACUGAGCCAAGCAAUGAAGAAAAAGAAUGUGUGUCAGAACAAGAAGUACAUGAAAUGGACGAUGCAGUAAAUGCUUUGACUGAGCCAAGCAAUGAAGAAAAAGAAUGUGUGUCAGAACAAGAAGUACAUGAAAUGGAUGAUGCAGUAAAUGCUUUGACUGAGCCAAGCAAUGAAGUAAAAGACUGUGUGUUAGAACAAGAAGUAAAUGAAAUUGACGAUGCAGUAAAUGCUUUGACUGAGCUAAGCAAUGAAGAAAAAGACUGUGUGUUAGAACAAGAAGUACAUGAAAUGGACGAUGCAGUAAAUGCUUUGACUGAGCCAAGCAAUGAAGUAAAAGACUGUGUGUCAGAACAAGAAGUACAUGAAAUGGACGAUGCAGUAAAUGCUUUGACUGAGCUAAGCAAUGAAGUAACAGACUGUGUGUCAGAACAAGAAGUACAUGAAAUGGACGAUGCAGUAAAUGCUUUGACUGAGCCAAGCAAUGAAGAAAAAGAAUGUGUGUCAGAACAAGAAGUACAUGAAAUGGAUGAUGCAGUAAAUGCUUUGACUGAGCCAAGCAAUGAAGUAAAAGACUGUGUGUUAGAACAAGAAGUAAAUGAAAUUGACGAUGCAGUAAAUGCUUUGACUGAGCUAAGCAAUGAAGAAAAAGACUGUGUGUUAGAACAAGAAGUACAUGAAAUGGACGAUGCAGUAAAUGCUUUGACUGAGCCAAGCAAUGAAGUAAAAGACUGUGUGUCAGAACAAGAAGUACAUGAAAUGGACGAUGCAGUAAAUGCUUUGACUGAGCUAAGCAAUGAAGUAACAGACUGUGUGUCAGAACAAGAAGUACAUGAAAUGGACGAUGCAGUAAAUGCUUUGACUGAGCCAAGCAAUGAAGAAAAAGAAUGUGUGUCAGAACAAGAAGUACAUGAAAUGGAUGAUGCAGUAAAUGCUUUGACUGAGCCAAGCAAUGAAGUAAAAGACUGUGUGUUAGAACAAGAAGUAAAUGAAAUUGACGAUGCAGUAAAUGCUUUGACUGAGCUAAGCAAUGAAGAAAAAGACUGUGUGUUAGAACAAGAAGUACAUGAAAUGGACGAUGCAGUAAAUGCUUUGACUGAGCCAAGCAAUGAAGUAAAAGACUGUGUGUCAGAACAAGAAGUACAUGAAAUGGAUGAUUCAGUAAAUGCUUUGACUGAGCAUAGCAAUAAAGCGAAAGACUGCGUGUCAGGACCAGAAGUAAAUGCAAUGGACACUAUAGUACAUAAUGUGAAAGACCCUGGCAAUGAAGCGAAAAGCAAUGUGUCAGAAGCAGAAGUAAACGAAAUGGACAAUGUAGUACAUGAUGUGAACGUCCUAGGCACGGAAGCAAAAUACUGUGUGUCAGAACCAGAAGUACAUGUAAAUGAAUUGGACAAUGUAGUACAUGAGGUGAAUGAGGAUGGCAAAGAAGCGAAAUACUGUGUGUCAGAACCAGAAGUAAACGAAAUUGACAAUGUAGUUCAUGAUGUUAACGAACCUGGCAAUGAAGUAAAAGACAGUGUGACAGAACCAGUGCGCAGAAACAAAAGGCAAAAGACUCAAACAAGAAAGAAAUUGGCUUACAUAUAUUCUUCCAGUACAGAUGACAAUAUUCCCCUCAGUGCGUUUGUGGCGAAAGCAAAACUAGAACCAUUUAUGGAUGACACUGAUUGUGACAAAACAUUUGUUCCUGCAUCAAAAGAUCUGAAUUCAACAGACACAGAGUCCUCAUCAGAUCAACCCAAGAAAGCAAAUCGUAACAUUGCAAUCAAAGGAACUGAGAAAAAGAUCUCUACAAAGUCAAAAGAAAAAAGGGUUAAACCUAAAGAUAAACAUUGCACACGAAGACAAAAGAAACAACUGUUGAAAAGUUCAGCAUCUCCUGACAGUGAUUUACAAAGGGCAAAGGCUAUAAGUUCAGUUCAAGCUAUUGUUCAAUUCAUGGAUUGA